CGCGGACGCAGCGCAUUCCGCCCCCGCCGCGUCCGCGGCUAAACUCGCACUUCGAAUCCGGCCGACUGCGAUCGAGCAAUUGUUAAUCGUUCAUCUCGUCGAGCGCCCCUCCGCCGCCGCCGCCGCCGCCGCUGCUGCUGCCGCAUCCCUCCUCCAGCUGCAAGGCACCGCCGCGUCCCUCCACUCGCCGGCCCUCACCGACGUAAGGCUCUCGCCGACAUUUACAGUGCCGACCCGGAGGCAAUUUAGGGUUCGCCGUCUAGCCGAGGACACUUGCGCGACAGCGGACAGCCGGAGCCGGGAUUCCGACCGCCGACCCUUCGGCUCUCCCGACCGAGCCGCGGCCGCCCAAUUUGGCGUCAUCAUGGAGUUCGCCGAGCUGAUCAAGACGCCCCGGGUGGACGGGGUGGUCCUCCAGCGGCCUUUUAUGCCCACCGUGGAGGGCACCUUGUGCCUGACGGGCCACCACCUCAUCCUCUCCUCCAGACAGGACAACACGGAGGAGCUGUGGCUGCUUCACUCCAACAUUGACGCCAUCGAGAAGAGGUUUGUAGGCUCUCUUGGUCGGAUCAUCGUCAAAUGUAAAGACCUGAGAGUGAUCCAGCUGGACAUUCCUGGUAUGGAGGAGUGUAUCAACAUUGCCAGCUCUACUGAGGCUCUCUCGUCGCUUGAUUCCGUCUCUUUGAUGUACCCUUUCUUCUACCGGCCCAUGUUUGAGGUCGUCCGUGACGGAUGGGAUUGUUUCCGUCCUCGAGAUGUUUUUAAAGACCUCGAGUCUAUGACAGACGAGUGGCGGCUGAGUGAAGUCAACAAGCACUUCGACGUGUGCCCGUCCUAUCCUCCCCUGGUGGCGGUGCCCAAGGGCAUCGACGACGACGCGCUGAGGGCAGCGGCGACGUUCCGUCACGGCGGCCGCUUCCCUGUUCUCAGCUACUACCACAAGAAGAACGGCAUGGUGAUGAUGAGAGCGGCUCAGCCUCUCACGGGCACCAACGGGCGGCGCUGCAAGGAAGACGAGAAGCUCAUCAACGCCACCCUGAGGCCGGGCAAGCGCGGCUACAUCAUCGACACGCGCGCCAUCAACGCGGCCCAGCAGGCCAAAGCUAAAGGGGGCGGCUUCGAGUCCGAGGCCAACUACCCGCAGUGGAGGAGGAUCCACAAAGCCAUCGAACGGUCCGGCGUGCUGCAGGAGAGUCUCAUCAAGCUGGUGGAGGCGUGCAACGAGCAGUCGCACAGCAUGGACCGCUGGCUCAGCAAGUUGGAGGCGUCCAAUUGGCUGGCUCACGUCAAGGAGAUCCUGACCGCCGCCUGCCUGGCGGCGCAGUGCAUCGACAGGGAGGCGGCGUCCGUCCUGGUCCACGGCACAGAAGGCACAGACUCCACGCUUCAAAUCACUUCCUUGGCUCAGAUCAUCUUGGAUCCCGGCUGCAGGACCGUCCGAGGCUUCCAGGGCCUGGUGGAGCGAGAGUGGCUCCAGGCGGGUCACCCGUUCCGGCAGCGUUGCGCCCAGUCGGCCUACUCGAGCGGCAAACCUCGCCAGGAGGCUCCCGUCUUCCUGCUCUUCCUGGACUGCGUGUGGCAGAUCCUGCGGCAGUUUCCGUGUUCCUUCCAGUUUGGCGAGGCCUUCCUGGUGCUGCUCUUCGAGCACGCCUACUCUUCCCAGUUUGGCACUUUUCUGGGCAACAGUGCGGCGGAAAGGGCCAAACUGUCCGUGUCCGAGAAGACGGUCUCCUUGUGGUCGUGGCUGAAUCGGCCCCGGGAGCUGGAGCGUCUGACCAACCCGCUCUACGAGGCCAACGGUCUGGUCAUCUGGCCAUCGGUGGCUCCUCAGAGCCUGCUGCUGUGGGAGGGCGUUUUCCUCCGCUGGAACCGCUCGUCCCAGCGCUUGGACGAGGCCCGCGAGGAAAUGGUGCACAUCGUGGCGUACAACAAGGCGCUCCAGAACCGAGUCAACCUCCUGCGCCGGCAGCUGGCCCAGCUGGAGACGGAAGAGCCGCGCCCGCAAACGCCGUAGACGCGCCGCCGGGCGGCAGGUAGAAAACAAGAAGCGCCUCGCCGAUGAUUGCAAUUCUUAUUGGCAAAAUCAACCAACGUUUUGUGUUUACGUCACGCGCAGCCGGCGUCGCGUCGAAGGAGAAAGGAACAUUUGCAUUUAUUUGCUGCUGUAAAAAGCCGAACAUUCCUCGCACGAUGGACAAAAGUAUAGAGACGCCCCUCUUCAUCUGUCUGGCGUCCCCCAGGGGCCGCAGCUUGUGACCUUUCAAAUACGCUUGAUUUCUACGCAACCGGACGGGUGAAAUAUUGAGAAGAACGGCGGCAAACGCGUGGCUGUCGUCAUUUGAAACGGCAACUGCGUAGUUAACUCCUUAUUCACUUACUCGAAGUUGCACUCAUACUUUUGUCCAUACAGUGUAUCACGUGCUACUGAGUGUGUCGCCAUGGCAACCAAUGGAGUCACGGUCAUAAGGCCGAGCGUGACUGUUUCUUUGGCUGCACGUUGCGGUGUCGUAAUAUACUACUACUAAUAAGCAUGACAAAGCGUAGGCGAGGCGCGCGCGAGCGAGCGGCUGCAUUCGCGCGUCAAAUUGACUAUUUAUGGCAGCCGCGACUUCACCUUCCGGAUCCCACGCAAGAACUGGAUCAAAACUUUACAAACAUUAUCAUGUUUCUUAUUGUGGUUUACUUUCUUGCUAUAUUUUUGGAUUGCCAUGGUUACACUUCAAGGUCUUGCAUUUGGCAGCUUUUGUGUACAAGCCGAAAUGAAUGGAAAUGCCGUUAAUGGCGCCAGCCUCCCCCCAAAAACAAAAAUGUUUUUUUAUGAGGAAAAUUGCACAUUGCAAUAUUGUGCUUUAUAAAACCAUAGAGUAAUAAAAUCAUGAAAUACAAUGUCAAGAAUUAAGCAAUUUGUGCACCUUGAUUUAACGCCUCAAUUCAAUUCAUCGCGCUGCUCCUUCUGGUGUGCCCGCCUCGACCUCCGGGUGGCAGUACAACACCACAAUCUUAGAGACCCAAACGAGUAAGAGUCACAACAGCUCGAAGAGAUUCAGUCAAAAACGCAAACGAUAAAGAAUAUAUACUUGUGAGUAUUGUGAGAUUGUCUCUGUCUAUGUGUGUUAAUGCGCCGUUUUUGUUGAAGUGUGCUUUGCGUAAAGGGCAAGAACGCGAUCGAUGCGGCUCGUUAGCCCGUCGACGGCGUUUACCAUUAUGUGUGCGCGUUAAGCUAGCGGGGGGCAUUCUCAAGGCAAAUUUGCUUGGUGAUUUGAAAUACAAAAUGUGUUUUUGUUUUCGGUUUACUGUGAGAGUAAACUUCAGCUGGGAGGUGUUCACGAUCUGCCAAACUUGUUGUCAGGUGAGUUGACUUCACUGCCAACAUCCAGGGGAAAAGAAAAUCG